UGGGUUGGAGGGUGUGUUUGGUAUUGUGAGUGCCCCCAGCAUAUAAAGGAACUGAGAGUGAGAGGAAAGCACGAGGAAGGACGAAGGGAAGUUUAUCAGGGAUGUUUUGCAAGUUCAUGCUCUUGCAUUGAAAUCUGAAAAGAAUCCUCACUUUCAUUCAUUUGGACUGACUAACGUACAUACUAAAGGGGGAAGCUCACACUGAUAGGGGGAACAAGGACACGCAUAAGGGGAAUAACAAAGCCAAGAUGGCCCUUGUUGAGGAAACUUCAGUGAAGGUGGCAUUGGAAACUGAAGCAUCACCUGAUGUACCUGAGGGUAAGACUGACUACCCCUUCACGGCCAGCAACAGUAUCUAUACUGCCAUUUUGAGCAGAAACGAGGCCGUCAAAGAUGCCAAGCGCCUGAAGAACUUCUUAGAGUUGCGAGACAAAUACGUACACAAGAAAGUCCUGUUUGAAGACCCUCUGUUCCCACCCAAUGAUUCCUCUCUUUGGUACAGCAGCAAAUUUCCCAUUGAAUUUGAGUGGAAGCGCCCAACGGAAAUCUGUGACAACCCCCAGUUCAUCAUAGACGGAGCUAGUAGGACAGACAUCUGUCAAGGAGAGCUGGGUGACUGCUGGCUGCUUGCUGCUAUUGCCUGUCUGACACUGAAUGACAAGCUGCUGUACAGAGUUAUCCCAUCAGACCAGAGUUUCACAGAGAACUACGCUGGUAUCUUCCAUUUCCAGUUCUGGCGUUAUGGCGAAUGGGUGGACGUCGUGGUGGACGACCGUAUCCCCACCUCCAAUAACCAGCUGGUGUUCACCAAGUCCUUCAGGAAGAACGAGUUCUGGAGCGCUCUGCUGGAGAAGGCUUAUGCCAAGUUGCACGGUUCCUACGAGGCCCUGAAAGGUGGCAACACCCUGGAGGCCAUGGAGGACUUCACUGGGGGUGUGACAGAGUUCUUUGAGAUGUCCGAGGCUCCAAAAGAACUCUACAAGAUCAUGAAGAAAGCCCUGGAGAGAGGCUCUCUGAUGGGCUGUUCCAUAGACGCCUUGCUGCCGAGUCACUGUGAGACUGAAACUGCGAAUGGACUGGUCAGAGGCCACGCCUACUCUAUCACUGCACUAGAGGAGUGUGACAAGCUUAAGGUUACCAAGGAUACCAAGAUUCGCCUAGUUCAAAUGCGGAACCCCUGGGGAAUGGUGCUAUGGAAAGGGCCGUGGAAUGCCAAGUCCAAAGAAUGGUCCACCAUCUCCAGCUCAGACAAGGCCAGGCUGAAGAAGAAGACGGUUGAGACGAGCGAGACUUGGAUAUCCUUUGAGGACUUCAAAAAGAACUUCACCAAGCUGGAGAUCUGUAACCUGACCCCUGACACACUUCUGGACGACAGGUCCCAUAGCUGGACGGUGGCGGUCAACGAGGGCCGCUGGGUACGAGGCAGCUCCGCCGGAGGCUGCAGGAACUUCCCAGACACGUUCUGGACCAACCCGCAGUACCGCAUGCGUCUGUAUGAGGAGGACGACGACCCCGACGACCCCGAGCAUGUGGCAUGCACCGUCAUGGUGGCCCUGAUGCAGAAGGGCCGGAGGAAAGACCGCAGCAAGGGUGCCAAGCUUUACACCAUCGGAUUCUCCAUCUACGAGGUGCCCAAAGAGAUGAUUGGGAGCCAGCAGCACCUGCAGAAAGACUUCUUCCUUUACAAUGCCUCCAAGGCCAAAUGCAAGUCCUACAUCAACCUGCGUGAGGUGAGCGAGCGAUUCUGCCUGCCCCCCGGGGAGUACGUGAUCAUCCCUUCGACCUUUGACCCCCAUGAGGAGGGAGAGUUUAUCCUCAGAGUCUUCUCCGAAAAGAACAGCACCUCAGAGGAAACCGAAAAUACAAUUAGGUCAGACCAAAUAGAGCAAGGCAAAAACAGGACAAAGAAAGGAAAGCCCAUCGUGUUUGUAUCAGACAGAGCGAAGGCCAACAAGGAGAUUGAGCAAGAUGACAUCGAGGUUCAGAAGGAGAAGAAAGAGAAACCAAAACCACAGCAACCGGAUGAGGAGAGCGGAGAACACAAAAUGUUCAGGGCCAUUUACCAGCAGAUUGCUGGGGAGGACAUGCAGAUCUGUGCCAACGAGCUCAAGGUGGUCAUGAAAAGGGUACUGGAAAAACAUAAUGACAUGAAGACGGACGGCUUCAGCUUAGAGAGUUGCCGGAGCAUGAUCGCUUUGAUGGAUACGGACGGCACAGGAAAACUGAACCUGCAGGAGUUCAAACACCUGUGGAGUAAGAUCAAAGCCUGGCAGCUGAUCUUCAAGAAGUAUGACAAGGACAAAUCCAGCACCAUCAGCAGUUUUGAGAUGAGGAACGCAGUCAAUGAUGCAGGGUUCCGCUUAAACAACCAGCUGUAUGACAUCAUCACGAUGCGCUACGCUGACGAGCACCUCAACAUCGACUUUGACAGCUUCAUCUGCUGCUUCGUCAGGCUAGAAGGCAUGUUCAGGACGUUCCAUGCCUUUGACAAAAACGGAGACGGCACAAUCAAGCUCAACGUCCUCGAGUGGCUCCAGUUGACCAUGUAUGCUUAGAUCACCCAGCCAUCAGAGGAGUCCUGCUCUCUGGUCUACCCUCAGCCAUGCUUCUACCAACAUCGCCUUCCUCUAACUCAGCCAAUUCCCCAUGUUCUCUCUCUGACAAGACAUUGCCAUUACUCUCAUUCUAGCAUAGAAAACAAAUUAAAUGCAAUGGUGAUAUAUAAGUUGUGCAGCGUGACUGCAGAACAUAUCUCACAACGCAGAGAGAACCUAGGAUAGGAUAAGUAAUCCCUCUCACCCCCCCCCUUUAAGAUUUAGAUGCACUAUUGUAAAGUGACUGUUCCACUGGAUGUCAUAAGGUGAAUGCACCAAUUUGUAAGUCGCUCUGGAUAAGAGCGUCUGCUAAAUGACUUAAAUGUAAAUGUAAAAGUGUGUAAUGUCUCAAGAAAGUACAUUAACACGAUGUAGCGAUCUUCUAAGACACACAGGUUGGCUGGAGAGAAAGACCACCUGGAAUGUCAACUUUGACUGAUGAGAGGUAUCACCCUGGCAGCACCGAGGGACUUGAAUGGGGAACACUUGCUCUAGUACAUUUGGCUAGUGCUUUAAACUACAAGCCUUCAAGUGUUAUUGCCUGUCCUUAAAGGGGAAGGUUUUAGAACGUCAGCUCACUGUAAAUAACAUGUUUAGCAUUAGUGGAUUGAAUACAUAUCAUUGCUUAGCUUUACUUCCUGAAGUGUUUCCAUUCCCCUUUAAGUCAUUGGUGGUAACUACAUUACAAUAUCAAUGUUGUGUUCCUGUAAGUCUCUGUGAUAAUAUCAUGUGGAUACUCAGAUCUCGAGAGACAGUGAUGACGUUGUUGGACUGGAUUAUUUCAGAAGCAUUUUUUUUCUUUCAUUAAAUUCAAACUUUUA